AUGGCCAUGCGGCAGAGCCACGGCUCAGACGAGAAGGAUCUGACAGAGUCCCUCAGAGGGUCCGAGCUCUCCCUGUCACCUCUGCAGCUGCACCAUAGCGGCCGCUACCGCUGUGAGGGCUUGGUGAGGUCCUGGCCAUCAUGGUCAGAAGCAGUGACAGUGACAGUAAAAGUACCCGUGGCCAAUGCCACCAUCACCCACGGUCCCCUGUCACACCAGGUGCUUGCAGGUGACCCCAUGACCCUGCGUUGCUCGGUGCAGUUGGGUUCACCCCCUGUCACAUUCACCUGGCUGCACAACGGGAAGGAGGUGGCCUGGGGUCCCCUCCUGGAGCUCAGGGAUGUUGAUGUGAGACAUUCAGGCACCUACCAGUGCAUGGCGACCAACCAGCUGGAUGGGCACCAUGUGUUCCGAGCACUUAGCCACGAGUUGGCCCUGGAGAUGACACAUCCCUCACCCUGGGAUCUCACGGAGGAGGGGGCCGUGCUGAACACCCACAUCGUGGGCGCUGAGUGGGCAGGGGCUGACCCUGCCCCACCUCGGGAUCCACAAGUGACCAACGCAAAUCUGUCGGGACCUCACAAGGGACAGCUGGACCCCCUUGACUAUGAGAAGAUGCUGUCACAGGCCCAGAACCUCGGCUUGCUUGAGAUCACUCAGCUCCUCGUGGAGCCCCCCUGGAGGCUGGUGGAGCUGUGGGACCAGGUGACAUUGACCUGCCUGGGCUCGGGGACCACUGGUGCCACUACCUGGUACAAAGAUGCACGGCGCUGGUGGCAGGAGGGGCGUAACCUCUUCACUGUCACCGAGAGUGGCACCAACAAAUGUGACAGAUCCAGCAGUGGGCUCAGCCUCCCUGUGAGAGUCUCAGAUGGCAGGCUGGUGCUGCAGGCGCUGGAGCAGGUGCUGCUGGAGGGGGACACAGCGACACUGUGCUUCAGGGGCUGGUGGAACAACCCGAUCACCUCGGUGUCCUUCUACCACGAGGAGGAGCACCUGGUGGAGCUCCACAAUGGGACCAAGCUAUCCCUGUCCCCUCUGCAGCUUCACCACAGCAGCGGCUACCACUGCAGGGGCUGGCUGAAAUAAAGGGCGUGUGAGGUGUCAGCGCCGGUGACACUGACUGUGCACGAGCUCUUCACAGUGCCAGUGCUGGAGGGUCCCACCAAGACAACAAAGGUUUCCCCCCUGACUCUCACCUGCCUCAGCACCCCCAUCCCCCUACGGCCCCAAGCCCCUCUCCUGCAGGUGUUCUACUGGGAUGGGCAGGUGUUGGGGGUCCCACAGAGGUCCCCACAGCUGCUGGUGCCCCCUGUGGGGGUCUCCCACUCGGGGAAUUACAGCUGUGAGGUACGCUCUGAGUGGGGGGCUGUGGCGAAGAGCAGUGCCUGGCUCCGCGUCACAGUGGGCAGGGCUCUGCCCUCAGGGGUGUCCGUGUCAGGGAAGCCCCCUGAGGGACAGGUGUCACUGGGGGACUGCCUGGUGCUGAGCUGCAUGGCGGCCUUGGGGACAGGGCCCCUGUCCUUCUCCUGGCACUGGGAGGUCUUAGGGGCAGUUCUGGGCACUGGCCCCUGUUUGAAGCUGCACCACCCUGGGAACGAAGACAGCAGCCAGUACCGGUGCUGGGUCAUUGAUGGGGACAGCAUGGCCAAGAGCCCCACGAUGAACAUCACUGUCCUGGUGCCCAUGACCAAUGGCACCAUCACCCCAGUCCCCUGUCACACCAGGUGCAUGCAGGUGGACCCUGUGACCCUGCACAGCUUGUUGCAGGUGGGCUCAGCACCUGUCACCUUCACCUGGUUGCACAAUGAGCAGGAGGUGGCCCGAUGUCCCCUCCUGGAGCUUGUGGGUGUUGAUGUGGGAAUUUCAGGCACCUACCACUGCAUGGCCACCAACCUGCUGGAUGGGCACUAUGUGUUCCAGGCACUCAGCCCAGAGCUGGCCCUGGAGGUAACACCCCAGCAUCAAAGGGACAUAGGGCCCCACCCAGCUUCUUUGGAGGAGGGGGAGGUGCUGGACACCAAAGAUGUGAUCACCAAGAGGGCAGGAAAGAAUCCAGGGGCUCCCCAUUCCCCCUCUCAGUACCCCUAUGAUCCCAGGGGCUCCUACCAGUAA